UUUAUCAUUAGACCAAAGGCCAACUGCAUCAAUAGUUAGCUCUCUCUUUCUUUCUCUCUCAAUCACUCUGCUGCAAGUAGAGAUGUUACUGACUUGCACAAAUAGUCUCAAAAUUUCCUCGCAGGCAAAAGAAUGGGAGAGCAAAACUCUAACAGGCAUGUCACUUGAACAGCUCAACAAAAGAAUCAGGAUUCCUGCAUCAGAUAUAGAAGGGACAAUGACUUCAAGAGUAAAGGAAAUGUUGAGCAAAGUUGAGUUGUCUGUAUCCUCAUAUGAUACAGCCUGGGUUGCGAUGGUCCCUACCUUGGACUCUUCGAAGCAGCCUCUUUUCCCGAAAAGCUUAAAGUGGAUUAUGGAGAAUCAACAGCCUGAUGGAUCAUGGGGUCUCGAUCUAAGUCAUCCAUUGUUAAUUAAAGACUCCCUUUCUUCCACUUUGGCCUGUGUUCUUGCCCUUCAAAAAUGGAAUGUUGGCCAACAACUUGUACAUAAAGGUUUGGACUUUGUUCAGUCAAACAUUUGGGCUGCAACCGAUGAGCAUCAACGUUCUCCAAUUGGCUUUGAUAUGAUAUUUCCGAGCAUGAUUGAAUAUGGCAGAGACAUGGGCUUGAAUCUUUCUUUGAACCAAUCAUUGGUGGAGGCGAUGCUUCUCAAGCGAGACUUAGAAACUAAAAGUUUGAAGGAUAAACCAAGUAAUCUAGCAUAUGUGGCAGAAGGACUGAAUACAUUAAAUGAUUGGAAGGAGGUAAUGAAAUUUCAAAGAAGUAAUGGAUCACUCUUCAACUCACCAUCUUCAACUGCUGCUGCUUUGAUCCACCUGCAUGAUGGAAAAUGCUUUGAAUACUUGAACUCACUAACAAAAAAAUUCGGAAAUGCAGUUCCUACAAUUUAUCCUUUUGAUAUCUAUGCCCGUCUCUUUGUAAUCGACAGCUUGGAAAAACUAGGAAUCGACAGAUAUGUCAGAGAAGAUAAAGAAAAAAUGCUAGAUGAUAUCUACAGAUGCUGGAUGCAGGGAAGUGAAGAAAUAUUUUCAGACCCUACAUGUUGUGCCAUGGCAUUUCGCAUUCUACGCACCAACGGAUAUGCGAUUUCUUCAGAGAAUUCAAAUGGAGAUGCAGAUGCACUAGCAAAUUUUGAUGAAAAAGAGAGUCUGUUCUAUGAAAAAGAUGCAAAAUCGACACUGGAGUUGUUCAAGGCUUCGCAGACAACAAUUUUUCAGGAUGAGCCUGUUCUUGAUAAAAUUAAUGCUUGGACAAGCACUUACCUUGAAAAGGAGUUAAGGGAUGGGACAAUUCCAGACAAAAGUUUACAUGCAGAGGUGGAUUAUGCCCUAAAACACAUACAAGCCAAUUUGGUGCGACUUGAACACAGGAGCUACAUCGAGAAUUACAAUGUAGACAAUGUCUCACUUCUUAAAGCAUCUUACAGGUUUUGCAAUGUUGACAACAGAGAUCUCUUGACAUUUUCAUUCCAAGAUUAUAAUAUGUGCCAAUCAAUGCAUCGUAAAGAACUGGACUAUCUUGAGGGAUGGAUCAAGAAAUGUGGCAUUGAUCAAUUAGAGUAUGCAAGGCAGACGAUUAAAUAUGCUGCUUUUUCCAUUGCAUCUAGUAUUUUCCAACCUAAAUUCUCCGAUGGACGCAUCUCAUGGGCUCAAAAUUCUGUUUUGACAACAAUUGUUGAUGAUUUCUUUGACUAUGGUGGUUCUAUGGAAGAACUAGUGAACCUAAUUGAAUUGGUCCAAAGGUGGGAUGACCAUACAACAAUUGGGUACAAGUCUAAAGAAGUAGAGAUACUUUUUAAUGCGGUCUACAGUACAACAAAUGAUCUUGCAGAUAAGGCUCGGAUACUACAAGGAAGAUGUGUCAAGAAGCACAUGAUUGACUCUUGGAUCUUCUUGCUCAAGGCUAUGUUAAAGGAGGCAGAAUGGGCAAGAAACAAGAUAGUGCCAACAAUGGAUGAUUUUAUACCAAAUGGGUAUAUAUCAUUUGCCUUAGGGCCUAUCAUUCUUACAUCACUUUAUCUUGUUGAGCCAUUGUCUGAAGAGGCUGUGAACAGUGAAGAAUAUGAAAAGCUCUAUAUGGUUAUAAGCAUUCUUGGCCGACUUAUCAACGACCGCGUAGCCACUCAGAGUGAUGGUGCACAAGGAAAACUUAAUAUUGUGACCCUAGAAGUAAUUAAUGGUAAGGGUGCUAUAACUGAAGAGGAGGUUCAAGAAAAAGUAGCAAGAACCAUUGACAGUAACAGAAGAGAGUUGCUAAGAAUGGUGUCGCAAACCGAAGGCAGCAUAGUUCCAAAAGCUUGCAAGGAUUUCUUUUGGACAAUGAGUAAUGUUUUGCACCUUUUCUACAUGGGUGAUGAUGGCUAUUCAUCUCCAACAAAGAUGAUGAGUGCUGUGAAUGCAGUUAUCAAUGAACCAAUUGUUCUUCCUUAGAAAUUUUCCAAUCUACUCUUCUGCGAAUUGAUUAGGAUGCGCUGAUUGAUCAAUUGAUCUCCUCACUUUAUUGUGAGAGAUUCUAAUUAAUUGUUUUUGGAAAAUAAAUGUAAUCAUAUAUUAAAUUGAUCAA